AGAGGACAUUACUGGACGGUCAUAGUGGACAGACCUGACAACGUCUCUCGUUGCCCACGAAUAGCAAAAUCACUGCCUCUACCCACAACAAAGAGCCAAGAUGUUCCAGUUUCCUUCUACCAUUCCAACCGUGACCACAGUGCUGCUAUUAACCCUUACUACAAUUCUGACCGUUACCUCAAACCAGCAAUUUUAUACAGGCAGCUACAGAUCUUUGGCUCCUGGGUAUUCCUACCGUUACCUUCAGGAACCUCCGACAGAACAAUUCUUCUCCACUCGAUGUCUACUGAAAUGUGCCGCGAUUUCUCUAAGCAGCCAAUCGGAAUUCUUCACUUACAACAAUGUCAGCCAUGUUUGUAAGAAUUACUCACCGAAAAAUAUCAUGACAGUUGUCAGCACGAAUGACAGCAACGAGAUGUCCUUCUACCGAAACAGCCAAUGGAUUAAAACAUAUGCCCUAUCAAUGAGAGCUGGUUCGAAAGUUUAUAAUUCAUUCAUGAAUAUAGGAAAUACUUCAACCUGGAAUGUGGACAAAUGCAAUGGUACCUUCUGUCCCAACUUCUUCCGACAUCCCAUCCUUGAUUUCUGGGAAUAUCUUCCAAUUGAUGAGGUGAAACUGGUGCUCUACGAAAACCAAACAGAUGUGGUAACUAUGAUAUUUGAUGGAAUAAAUACAACCCUUAAAACCUGGUUCUCUCAGGAAAAUUUGAAAAGUUCACCAUGGGACGAUCUAGCUUCUGCCACAAAAUUGCUUUUCUCAAUGGAAAUAACUAAAGGAAAACGUAGUUUCUAUAUAAAUAAAAACCUCAAAUGUACAAAAGCAAGCGGCUGGUUGGCUAUCGAUGAGGUUCCGCCAUCAUGUCGGUUUGGUUACAAAGAUCAUUCUCCUUCAAUCCGUUAUUCUGACACAAAAAUGAAAGUCGUAUGGAACCACGGUUAUGCAUUAGCAGACUCCAUGGCCAUAUUCAUCCGCCUGAGGCAGCAGAACUAACCCAGCACAUGAUAACCAUUGAUACUAUUGAUGUUGUUAACGUCCAUCCAAUCCUGUUGACCACCACUGGUGAUCCACAUAAGUCACGUUUUACCUUUUAAUAAAGA